AUGUUACAUGAGAUAGUAGAACCAGCUGUGCAUGAACAAAAGCUCAACUUUCUACGAGCACAUGCAACCGAACUGAAUCGUCGAAUCAUUUCAUUAAUGGAAAGUAGUGAUCGCGGUUUCCCAACUCAUAUUAAUUUACAGGUUCGGACACAAUUACCACAACCAGACGACAGUCGUGCACAGCAGCUUGAAAAACAGAAUAAAUUACUAUAUCAGGAAUUGGCUGAAAAAGAUCGAGUCAUUGAAGCCUUGAGAAGAGAAAAUGCAGAAGCGAUUGAAAACUACGAAGAACUAAAAAAAUUACAUCAACAAAAGAUUGCAGCUGUAAGUUCUAGACCAGCAGCCAUGGUACGUCCCGCGCUGCAUCAGAAAAUUGCUUACAAGCAAGCUCCGUCACCCAUCAAAAUUCAUGACACUCUGAUGUAA